CAGCGGUAAUAAAUUAAAAUGAUAUAAUUUUUGGCUUCUUUCUCGUUUGAUGAUCAGGAAAAGCAAAUGGAAGCCCUCUUGUCCACGUAUUCAACAGACGAUCUUUGGUCGAUGUGAACCAUCCGUGAGUCGUGUGCGUGGAGUAGCAGAGAACCUCGGUUUGAAAGAUGGGGAAGAAACAGAAAAAAUCCGGAGAGGACAGCGCUAAAGAUGACGACAUCGAUGCUCUGGCGGCAGAGAUCGAAGGAGCUGGAUCCUCAAAGGAGUCGAAAGGAAAAAAGAAGAAAAAGGGAGCCAAGAAGGACGACUUUGAUGAGGAUGACAUCUUGAAGGAACUUGAGGAAUUAUCCCUGGAGACACGUGGUGGACAGAAAGAUGAUGUUGCUGUGGAAAAUGAUGUGGAGCCUCCUAAAGCAGAGAAGAAGAAAACAAGGAAGGGAAAGGUGCAGGGUGCCAUCCCCGAGGAAAUGGAAAACAAUGAAGCUCAAGGUGCAGAUGAUGAGCAGAGGAACGGACAGCCGAAGAAGGUGGCACCUUCCGCUCCGUCCGAGUCUGAUGAGGAGAGCACCUCACGUUCUCGUCUGAAGACCAAAGGAGAUAAGAAAGUUGCCAAGACACCUGGCUCUGCUGACGAUGACGAGGAAGGGAGAGACAAGAAAGAGUGCGAAUCAGAGGAAGAUGAAGAAUUCAGCUCUCGGAAGGACAAAAAAACCAAGAACAAAGGCAAAGCUGCAAAGAGUGACGAUGAGGACGAACAGGAGGACGACGGCAGCUUCAAAAUGAAGACUGCUGCUCAAAAGAAGGCAGAGAAAAAGGAACGAGAGAAGAAGAAGAAAGAGGAGGAGAGGCUCAAGCAAAAGAAGCUGAAGGAGAAAGAGGCCAGCACAGAGGUAAAAAAAGAACCAGAGAAGAAGACUGAAGAUGGCACAGCCCUACCGGUGGCCCCAGUAGCGGAUGUUGAAGUGGACGAACAGGAAGGAGCAGAGCCAGCAGGCGAGGAUGAUGGUGACAAGAAGAAGAAGGACAAGAAGAAGAAGAAAGGAGAGAAAGAGGAGAAAGAGAAGGAGAAGAAAAAGGGUCCAAGCAAGGCCACGGUGAAGGCCAUGCAGGAAGCUCUGGCCAAGAUGAAGGAGGAGGAAGAGCGUGCCAAGAAGGAGGAGGAGGAGCGAAUUAGGAGGCUGGAAGAGAUGGAGCAACAGAGGCUGGAACAGGAGCGUCUUGAGCAAGAGCGCAAGGAGAAGAAGAAGCAGAAGGAGAAGGAGCGGAAGGAGCGGCUGAAGAAGGAAGGGAAGUUAUUGACUAAAUCCCAGAAGGAGGCACGGGCUCGGGCUGAAGCCACACUUAAAAUGUUGCAGGCUCAAGGAGUGGUGGUGCCAUCCAAAGAAUCUGUGGCAAAGAAAAAACCGGUUUAUACGGACAAGAGAAAGAAGAAACCGCAGAUCACGCCGACGCCAGAAGAAACUUCUGCCAUGACCGCGCCACCAUCCGAGACAGUAGAGCCUGUUGCCCCGAAGACGGAGGCAGAGACACCGCUAAUAGAGCCAGAGGUGAAGGCAGAUUUUGCAGUUGACGACUGGGAGGCCAUUGCUAGUGAUGAGGAGAAAGAGUUAAAGAAAGUCCACAUUGAGGUAAAAGAGGAGCCCGUUGCGGUACCCCAGAGCACCCCCAGUGAAGAUGAAGAAGAGGAAGAAGAUGAUGAGGAUGACGAGGAGGAGGAAGAGGAAAGCGAGACAGCGCCAGAGGAGGAGACUGCAAAAGGGAUGGCUGGAGGUCAGGGGAAGAAGCAGCAGGCGAAGGAGAGCGAAGAUGAGAGUAGUGACAGUGACGAUGACGAUAACGACAGGACCAAAGAGGAGCGUCUGUACGAUCGUGCCAAAAGGCGGAUCGAGAAACGGAGAGCGGAAAACCUCAAGAACGUCGACAUAACCAGGCUGAGAGCGCCGGUCGUGUGUGUGCUUGGACACGUCGACACUGGGAAGACCAAGAUCCUUGAUAAGCUGCGACAUACCCACGUUCAGGACGGUGAGGCGGGAGGAAUCACACAGCAGAUCGGAGCCACAAAUGUCCCGAAAGAGACGAUUGAAGAGCAAACCAAGAUGGUGAAAAAUUUUAGCAAAGAAGGCAUAAAAAUUCCUGGCAUGUUGAUCAUCGACACACCAGGGCACGAGUCCUUCAGUAACUUGAGGAAUCGAGGUAGCUCCCUCUGUGACAUCGCCAUCCUGGUGGUGGACGUCAUGCACGGUUUGGAGCCGCAGACUAUCGAGUCCAUCAACCUGUUGAAGGAGAAAAAGUGUCCCUUCAUUGUGGCGCUUAACAAGAUUGACCGUUUGUACGACUGGAAGAGAAGUCCUGAGACAGACGUCUUUGCGACACUGAAGAAGCAGAAGAAAAACACCAAAGAUGAGUUUGAUGAGAGGGCAAAGGCCAUUAUUGUGGAGUUUGCUCAGCAGAGUCUCAACGCCGCCCUGUUCUACGAAAACAAGGACCCCAGGACCUUUGUGUCACUGGUUCCCACGUCGGCUCACAGCGGUGAUGGGAUCGGUAAUCUCAUCGCGCUUCUGGUCCAGUGCACUCAGACCAUGUUGGCCCGCCGAAUUGCGCAUUGCGACGAGCUCCGGGCUCAGGUCAUGGAGGUUAAAGCAUUGCCUGGCAUGGGCACCACCAUCGAUGUCAUCCUGAUCAACGGGCGCCUACGAGAAGGCGAGACCAUCAUUGUCCCCGGAGUGGACGGACCAAUCAUAACGCAGAUUAGAGGGCUGCUCCUGCCACCUCCUCUGAAGGAGCUCCGGGUCAAGAACCAAUAUGAGAAGCACAAAGAGGUCUCGACAUCUCAGGGUGUGAAGAUUCUGGGUAAAGACCUAGAGAAGACGUUGGCAGGGCUCCCCUUGCUGGUGGCACACAAAGACGAUGAAAUACCUGUCCUGAGGGAUGAACUCAUCCAUGAGCUCAAACAAACUCUGAGUUCCAUUAAGCUGGAGGAGAAAGGCGUUUACGUGCAGGCGUCCACGCUGGGAUCACUAGAGGCUCUGCUCGAAUUUCUGCGCGCAUCUAAAGUACCCUACGCUGGCAUUAACAUUGGUCCUGUCCACAAGAGGGAUGUGAUGAAGGCCUCAGCCAUGCUGGAGCAUGAUCCACAGUAUGCUGUGAUUCUCGCCUUCGAUGUGAAGGUGGAGCGAGAGGGCCAGGAAAUGGCGGACAGCUUCGGCGUCCGCAUUUUCUCUGCGGAAAUCAUCUACCAUCUUUUUGACGCCUUCACCAAGUACCGUGACGACUACAAAAAAGCCAAACAGGAAGAGUUCAAAAACGUAGCGGUUUUUCCGGUGAAGAUCCGCAUCCUUCCUCAGUUCAUCUUCAACUCCAGAGAUCCCAUUGUAAUGGGUGUGUCUGUGGAAGCUGGCAUCCUACGGCAAGGGACGCCGAUCUGCGUUCCAAGUAAAGGGUUUGUGGACAUCGGUAUCGUCACCAGCAUCGAGAUCAACCAUAAGACGGUGGACACCGCAAAGAAAGGUCAGGAGAUCUGUAUCAAGAUUGAACCCAUUCCUGGAGAGUCGCCCAAAAUGUAUGGCCGACAUUUUGAGGCCACAGACAUUCUUGUCAGCAAGAUCACUCGGGCAUCCAUCGACGCGCUCAAGAACUGGUUCCGCGACGACAUGCAGAAGUCGGACUGGCAGCUGAUCAUGGAACUGAAGAAGACCUUUGAGAUCAUCUGAGCAGUUCCCAAAUAAAAAACAAAAAACAAAAAAAAAAAAGGAGGCACUGCUCUUCCUGUCAUGACACGGAAUGAAACGUUUUUACCCACGAGAACGCUCUUUCCGGGGUGCCCUGGGUGAAACUGCCACGCCGAAACAUUUCACUCUCAGUAUCCCAACGUGCCUGUUGUCUUUCUUGUUCUCUGCUCUGAUUCGUGGCUGCUGUUGCUUCCCAUCUUCGCCUCCAAACAGACGGACAUUGAGAAAUUUAACCGGCCCCUGGCUUUUUGGGUCCGCCGAGGUGCGUUAUGGGACCGUAUAAUACGCAAGGAAACUGCAGUGGCGAUGGUCGCCAGUCAAAAAGACAACUCUGUGUUGAUAGUUUUUGCUGUGCUUUCUUGUGGACAAAGUGGACAAAGGACAACCCUCGGAAAUGUUUUACUGAAGUGCUGGUGUAAUAAAUUCCCAUCCAAUUCGAACA